CGUUGUAUGGUCAGCCAAAUUGCAAUAAAUUAACUAAAUUUUUGUGUUUGUCGAUUCUUUCUUUACUAUUCGGAUCCUUCUCACUUUUAAAAAGUUUCAUUUUGUCAUAAAAACGCCUCACUCUCAACAAGAAAAUAUUAACAUCAAGUUUAAUUAAUUUUUUAAUUUUAAUUUUAUUCAUAAAACCAUAUUUUUGUCACAUUUAUAAAUAAUUUUUAAUGAAAAAAUAUGCCGUACGUGUAAUUAAAAAUAUUUAUUUUAAAUUUCAAUAAAUAAUAAAACUGUUUAAUUCGAAACAUGUACGUUAUUUUAUCCUUAAAAUGGCAGUGAUUUACUUACGGCGAGUUUGUUAGUCGCGGCGAAUAAUCCACACAAUUGGACGCUAUGUCCGUGUGCCCUGCAGAACAUGAUCUAAUACAUUUCACAUCGUCGUUAAAACUUUUAAAUUAAAUUAAAAAUGAAAAACAUUUCUUAUUGAUUUGUUAUGAGAAAAGCUAAAAUUUUACUUAUUAUAGUUUUUUGCAGCUGUCAAUUUUUAAAAUUUAUUAAAAUGAACUAAUUGAAAUGUGAAUUUUAAGUAUGAAGAAAAAAUUUGUACGGUUUAUUAAUGUAAUUAUGGCUUUGCUGUUUCUAUUUGUAAUAAGUUUUUUACUUAUGAAUGCUCAAGGUCGUUACUUCAAUAAUACAGAAAAAACUGAGUUAAUACAGCAGCGCGUUGGCUAUGACAUAAGACUGCAAUGUGAUCUUAAGGGAUUACUAGAUGAUGCCAAACUUGAAACUAUCAAAGUUCAUUGGUUUUUCAAGCACUGUACUGAAGACUCUGAUCGUAAAAAUAACUGUAAUCAAUUUUAUGAUGACAAUUGGACCGAGCUGCCCUGUAAAGAAACAUUUUGCAAACCUGAUCUAUUAUUGCGAAAUUUAACAGAAAAGUAUUCAGGAUUGUACAAAUGUGCUGUCUACCCUCAUUAUCUAGACUCUAAACAAGCGCUAGAUAUACAAUUAGUAAGAACUUAUCUCUUGGAAGUUAAAAAUAUAACCACAGUUCCAGAAUUUUUAAAUACUUAUCCGAAUAACCAAACAGCAAUUGUUGGUUCACAAGUCGUAUUCCAAUGUCGGGUGUAUAGCACAGUUUAUCCAACAGUAAAAUGGUUCAAACGCAUUGCUACACAUGCCACGAAUGCAGAUUACACUACUGUUAACAGCAGUAAUUUUAAUACCCAUAUUGUCAAUUAUAAAGGUCGAACAUAUGAGUUACUCUCAACUGCUCAGGAAAAAAUCAUCAGUGAUCAUAUAUAUUUAAGUAAUUUAGUUAUUAAUGAUGUACGUCUCAAAGAUGAAGGUUACUAUGCAUGUGUCGCGAUUAGUUAUCGCGGGCAAAGCAUUAGGGAAGCCUACUUGCAAGUCAAAUACUCUGAUCAGGAAUAUUGGGCAGAUUAUGACACUGAAGAUCUGCAACAAUACACAGAUCCUAGGGAGUUUUUACUUCUAUUUCUAAUGCCACUUGGUUUAGCGGUGCUGCCAAUUAUGGUAUGGUUAUGCUUUAGGGUGCUUACCAGAUGUAAACACAAUGAUAAUAGAUUCAAAGAACAACAGUAUUUAAGUGUGAAAACUCCAAAUAAACAGUGUGUACUGCAGACUUAAUUUAGGUAUCAGUAUUUAGAUAUUCUAUAUAUUAACUUUAAAUAUUAAACAUAAACAGACUGUAUUAAAAAUAAGCAACUAUAUUAUUCAUAAUAUAGUUAAAAUAUUCAUUUAAUUUUAUAGGAUAAGCCAAAACUAUGUGAUGUACUUGUGUAUAAACUUAAAUGUAUCUA